GUAUAACCAUGAAGUGCCUACUUAUUUUUGCUUGUUUUUGGCCAAUGGUCAUUAAUGCUGCAUCCGUAAUUGAUGGACGCAUUGUAGGAGGAAACAAAACUCAAAUAACAAAAUAUGGAUAUCAGAUAUCAGUUCAAGUGCAACGGGAACAUUUGUGCGGUGGAGCAAUUUUGGAUAAUUUUUGGAUUCUCACAGCAGCUCACUGCGUUUUGUUUGACCACACACAAUACCAAAUUCGUUCUGGAUCAUCCCUGAGAGAUUUCAACGGCUAUCUUCAUGAUGUAGUGGAGAUACAUAAACAUCCCCAAUAUAACGUAUCGGAAAUUUUUGACUUGGACGUAGCCGUGAUGAGAGUGCGUCAACCAUUCAGACUUGACGGCAGGUCAAGGAGGAAAGUCAGGUUAACAGAAGGUGGCCACGAUAUGCCUGUUGGCGCAGUUGCUACAAUAACUGGAUGGGGUUUGUUGGAGGAAAAUGGAGAUAAGUCACAAUUUCUUCAAGUCGUUCAAAUACCUGUAGCUGACAAAGCAAAAUGCAUUCAAGAAUAUCAAAAAUGGAAUGAAACAUUAACUGAAAAUAUGUUUUGUGCUGGUGUACCAGAAGGCGGUAAAGACUCCUGUCAAGGGGACAGUGGUGGCCCUUUAGUAGAUGAUGCAGGAGUUCUGCACGGUAUCGUCUCGUGGGGUGUUGGCUGUGGCCGUCCAGGAAUUCCAGGAAUAUACACGAGAGUCGACUCAAAAGACGUUAGAGAUUUUAUAAGAUUCCAUACUGGAAUCUAAUAUAUUGAAAUAAUA